AUGGUCAUGAAGACCUGCACUUUGCUGUUGGUGUUGCUGUUCCUGGCACUGGGGCAUGGGGAGAAGGAAGAGGGUCAUCCCAGAUCCCACGCCAGAGUCAGUGGCCUCCGGCCUCGAAGCCCGAGGUAUGCCGAGGGCACGUUCAUCAGUGACUACAGCAUCACCUUGGACAAGAUCCGCCAACAGGACUUUGUGAACUGGCUGUUGGCCCAGAAGGGCAGGAAGAAUAACUGGAAACAGAACAUCACCCAGAGGGAGGUCCGGGCCGGUCAGUCCCCCAGGAAUGACGAGGAGGCCGCCGAGAGGCAGAGCUCCCUACCCAACAAGGCUGGUGAUGAAGCGCUGCUGAGCGAUUUACCCUUGCAAAAGGUGCUGGCCUGGAUAGUGGAGCAGAUGGAGCGGCACAGGCUCAGGUCUCAGUGA